CCGUUCUUGGUAUCAGCUAUCUCCGGUACUCCGCUGCACUCACCCUCUAUCUACCUACAAGAAGAUGUACGAAGUCAAGAAUAAAGUGGUCUUCAUCACAGGAGGGGCGCAGGGACUUGGAAGGGCCUACGGACAGGCCGUGUUGCAAAAGGGCGCAAAGCUCUUUUUCGUGGACGUCAACGCCUCAGCAGGGGAGGUCGCUGAGAAAGAACUCAAAGACCUAUAUGGCGCUGAUAAAGUGCGGUUCUGUCCCUUAGAUGUCACAGACAAAGAGAAAUAUGAAGAGGUCUUCGAAACUGCCGUGUCUCAUUUUGGCUGUGUGGAUGUGAUGGUCUGCAAUGCCGGUAUCCUGAACGAGAGCACUUGGGAGCUCAUGAUACAGGUCAACUUGAUGUCGACAGUGAGAGGAACAAAACUGGCCUUAGAGCACAUGAGAAAAGACAAGGGCGGCCGAGGAGGGCGAAUCAUCAACAUAAGCUCUAUCAUGGGUCUCUAUGACCACAAUUCUCAACCUAUCUACGGAGGGACGAAGCAAGCAGUGAGGUCCUUCACUUCUUCCAUGGCGAUGCAGCCAAACCUUGUGAGCUCGACAGGUGUGGAAUUGGCCUGCCUGUGUCCGGAUGCCACCUGUACUAACCUGAUGAUCAAGUUAGACAAUACAAAACUUUUCAGCCUAAAUAACACUGAACACUUCGACUACGACAGUGUCAAAGAUCACCUUGUCAACAGAAUGAUGCAAAUCCCCACGGUAGUAAACGCCUUCCUGAAGCUUCUUCAGCUGCAAGAAAUGAACGGCGCGAUUCUGCUGACCACUAAAACCUCAACCACUUUCCAGAGGAUGUCGUGUGAUGACCAGGGAGAGGAGUUCCCUCCUCCCACGACGGAGUGACGAUACCACCAAGCUUCUUAGUAACAUC